CCCACAAUUUGUGGCGACAAGACCACGAUCCAUCUCACAUGCAUCCAUCCCCCCCAUACACCACAUCUUCCCCACACCAUCGCUCGUAUAUGUGACCCGACACACGAUCAACUGAUCAUACCUUGGUCAUCGGGUUCCAUUCCAGGCCACGCUGACGACGACAUUAUUCUAAUUUUGGAUGACAACGGGGAGGGAGUGGGAUGAGAGAAAGAGAGAGAGAUAUAAAAAAAUUAUUAUUCAGAGAGGAACGCGGGCGGCGGGCGAGGAAGGGGGGGAAAAAAACAUAAUAAUAAAUACCGAACAUCCUCUAUUUUCGUUCCAAGCCGGUGAUUACACCGACUAGGUAGAAGACGCUCUAUGGAAGGUUGCUUGAGCAGCGUGAGCAGCUUUAGUCACGGACCAACUCUAGAGAGACGCUUGUGUACUUAUUUAUGGCUGUUCGGAUCGAUUCAUAAAAUAGGUCAUCAUCGCAGUCGACAUGAUGCGAGACAGUGUGGGCAGGAAGAGGGUCACCCCCCCCCUCACCGCUUGCUAGCUUCCCUCUUGGCAAAAAAAAAGCUGAUGCUUAUGUGUGGCACCACAACAUCCCCAAAUUGGGUCACUGGGUCAACACGUUCGUCUUGGUCCCAAGAGUGGCGAAAUAGACAGAGGCACAUAGGUAGGCAUAUGAGGGAUCUUUUCCCGUACAGCGCAUGGUUUGGCGAGAAGAUGAUAGAGGACACUGCUGUUGCCAGUCUUUUUCUUGUUCACCUUCAUCUCGCAGUGUCUUCUCGGACAAAAUGUCGGUCCAAUAACAUUCUCGAUCGUCCUUCACCCGACGGGGAACAACGCGUUUUGACCAUACCUUAUCGCAGAAUCUUCUUCUUCUCGUCUUAUUCUCGUCUUGAGCAUUGCGACACCUUUUUUGCCUGGCGAGGUAAUUGACCUCUUCCCCCCGAUACCGGACUCCUGGUAUCUUCUGCCUCAUGAAUGCAUCAGAUACCGUCCGAGCCGAUGAUCCCGGGCCGGUAUCGGGACAAGAGAAAACCCGUAAGGUGGGGGGGACAAAGUA